AUGAACAGCCAAGUCCAGAGUUAUCGUGUGACUCCAGGCGCUGGAAAGAAAUUAGCAUCAGAAAAAAGAAAGAAAAGCAUGCGCUUCGUUACCGCGGUCUUCACAGAGAACGGCCAAGUCCAGAGUUAUCGUGUGCCGCCAGGACCUGGAAAGAAAUUAGUAUCAGAAAAAAGAAAGAAAUCAUGCACUCCAUUACCGUGGUCGUCAUACAGAACGGCCAAGUCCAGAGUUAUCGUG